AUGGGCGUUUGCUGUAGCAAUAAAAAUUCAAAAAAUCCUCACAAUGCUUAUGGUUUCUUAUCACCGACAAACAGAUAGUUGGAAUAGGAAGAAUAUGAGGAGUUAAGUGGGGAGAUGAAAGAGAUUUUAGAAAUGUAUUUGAGUAGUGAAAAGAAUUCUCCGCAGAAUAGAAAUCUGGGAGAAUCAAAUCAAUUGAAACACAGUCUGGAAUAGCCGAACACUCCAUAUUUUAAGAAUUCUUAUGAUAGUAGUGAUGAUAAAUUUUUGUAUUUGAAAUAAUCGAAAUAAGUUGAGGAAAUUAUAGUAAAUGAAAUUAAGAUUUAGGAAGCGUUCUUCUCAUAAGAAUAGUGAAAAGUUGGCUCCUGUUGAGGAAGAAAAUGAACAAUAAAAAUAGUAUAGUUAAUUGAAUCAUCCAAUCUUCCAAUUCAAAUGUCAAGUAUGUCAUUAGGAUCAUAAUUGGAUUCACUCUUGCAAUUCGAGGUUGGUGUAUAAUGAUGAUAAUAUGAUAGUAUGUGA